GCGCUGCCCCCGCUGCUCGUGCCCGCCGCCUCCGCGCCGCCCCCCGCCCUCUACGUCGCCUCCGCCGGCGGCGGCACCACCUCCCCGGGCCGACAGCGCCUCCGGCCCCCGUCGUCCACUGCGUCUUCGGCGACGCUGCCGCCCCACGCCCCCGCCAGCCUCAUCGCAGCCACCGGUUCUGAUGGCGCCGUCUCCUUCGUCGCCCCACCUCCAGGGCGGCGGACGGUGGUGGAGGAUGGCGUGUACUGGGGGGCGCAGGUGGAGUCGUCGCUGCCCCCGGGCUACGGGGACGCCGACGCGGAGCGGUGGCGCCGAUACGCGCGCUCUGCGCCGCUAGCGCGCCUCGAAGCCGACGGCUGCGGCCGCACCUACAACCGGCUGGCCGUCUUCGCCGACGGCGAGCGCGCCUGCUGCCGCUACCGGCAGAACAUCGACCAGCUGCAGGGAGAGGUGUUCAGCUACCUGCUGGCGCGGGAGCUGGGGCUGCCGAACCUGCCGCCGGCCACGUGGCAGCCGGUGCGCGCGCGGCAGGCGCGGUGGUCGCGCGUGCGCUCUCAGCUGGCGCUGGCGCAGUGGGCGGACGGCUGGCCCGUCGUGCUGACGCGCUUCCUGCCCGAGCUGCGCCCGGCGCACAUCCCGCCGCUGCUGCGCGGGCCCGCGCGACGUCUCCACCCGCCGGACGCGCGCGCCGCCAACGCCACCGACCUGCCCGAACUGGCGCAGUGGUCCGACCUGCUGGUGUUCGACUUCCUCACCGCCAACCUCGACCGCUUCAUCAACAACCUGUACAACCUGCAGUGGAACCCGGCCAUGAUGGAGGCGCCCGCGCACAACCUGGCGCGCGACUCGCGCACCGGCCUGCUCGUCUUCCUCGACAACGAGAGCGGCCUGCUGCACGGCUACCGCCUGCUCGACAAGUACGGCCGCUUCCACGCCGACCUGCUGGCCGCGCUCUGCGUCUUCCGCCGGCGCACCGCGGACGCCGUCAAGCGGCUGGCGGCCUCCGGAGACGUCGGCGCCGCGCUGGAGCGCCGCUUCCGCCGCGCGGGCAGCGCCGCCGACGGCGACGACGAGGAGACCAACGAGGUGGACGCCCUGCCGCCGCUGCCCGAGAAGAGCGUCCAGAUCCUCAACGAGCGGCUGCGCCUCGCAGCCGACCACAUUGAGGCAUGCGAGCGGAGGUACGCGUAGCACAAGCCCCCUGGGGCUCCCGCCGCACGCUGCCUCGCCGGCUUCUCGCCACUCGACUACUGCAGUCAGAAGCGGGUCUCACAGUCGUCGCAAGACUGUAGGGAGGACGUCUGCUCUCGAAGCACUGAGCGCCUCGGCCACCACUGGACGAACGACGUCUCUUCCAGUGAAGCCAACCCGAGUUGACUCCUUUCUACGACAUCCGUCAUCACCUCCACGCAGGUCCUGUCAUCAGUUUCUGAGAUUUCCGAUAACUCAGACCUUUUAUGUGGCUACCAUCAGCAUACAAAACAACGAAUUCGCCAGUGUUUUACUUGUGAUUAACUGUCUGUGUCAUCUGGAUGCUGGAAAAUUCUGCUUCCUUUCGUCUACUUGCUGUGCAAUUCUCGACAGAAGAGUCGUGUUGUCUCGGCUUGUAUGUCAGUGCAUGUUUGCAAGAACUGUCCCUCAUUACACACAUUAUAAUGUUUCGAGUUUGACAGAGGUAGACUAAUGGCAAAGGACAGGUAGACGUUUUCUCUCUACACGAACUUUGUCCCAAUACGCAUUGACCUGGUGUGGUUACCAGUACGAACAUUCGAAAGCAGGCUCUUCCACACUUACAGGUCUCUCUCUGGUUGAAACAUUCUAGAGCAAAGGGCACGAACAUCUCGAAGUGGAAACUUAAACAGUAUAUUAAUUAUCUACUGCAGCUGUGGUACGCAAAGUCGUUGUGGAAAUUUGGGAAAGUGUAUAUACAAGGCAUAGAUGAGAGGCAGAAUUGUUUCUCAAUAAUCCUUGCCACCAAGGCGCAUUCGAAGUGUACGGUUACGCCUCGGUUAGUGGCACGCUCAUAAGUUACUGGUACGUGGAAGAGCGCCAUUUCAGUGCACUCGGGGCUAUGGACAGCCGCUCUUAUGUGCCUGACAUUCCACGUCUGCAUUCUGUUUUCUUGGAGCUACCGACAGGACCAGAAAGCGUGGCGCAGUACUGGCACUCUUCCAGGCGCUGUGUGGUGGUCCUCCCAUUGUCCAGGCCCGCCGGAGAAAAUGUCAGGGGUGACCGGAGGAAGUGCGCAAGAGACAAUACCGUUUUUCUACGGCGCGGGCGACACAAAAGGACGCCGCCGUGCGAAGGCAUACAGCGGAGGCUGCAGCGUCAUUAAAACUGUGGUAGGCGCCCGGCGCGCUGCCUCUGACAGGCUUCCAUUGUUGACGGCUUGCGGAGACGAGUAGGUCGCCAGCCAGUGGGAGGGACCUGGGGCCGUGGCGAAGAGGCGGCAUCCAGCGACUGCUUCCUUGGCGGAAGAUAUUCGAGUGACAAAGAGAACAAACAAAGAGAGAGAGAGAGAGAGGUUAUGUGUGUGUUGUGUGUGUGUGAGGCAGAAAGAAACAGUGUUACAAAAACACAGCUACUGUCUAUGUAAUAAACCAAUUA